AUGAAUUCUCGAUUCGCCUUUCUCUUCUUAAUCGUUUUGGCAUUAACUGUUACUUCUUCAAACGCCCAAAACUUUUGUGAUACUAGUCGCUUUGGUGCGACAAAUGGUACACAAGCUAAGAAUGGCUCAUGCUCUAGUACUGUUCAGGGUGAAAUUCCAGAUGUCGACCAUAUGAUUUCCUCAUUAAUAAUCUUUCCUCCAAACGAAGCUUCUCUCUUUGCAAACCAAAAUUUCACCGUAUCUGUUCAUGUUAUCGGUCUUGAUACUGGAUUCUUUGAUAAUCCUGCAACUAACUAUUACCUGGCUCCUCAAAAAGUAAAUAACAACACUGGUAAUAUCCAAGGCCAUUCUCACAUCACCAUUCAGCAAUUGAAUCAUGAUAAUCUCGUAGCUCCAGAUCCAAAAAUAUUUGCUUCCUUUAAAGCUUUGAACAAUGUUUCUAUAAACAAUAUCCUUUCUCAAGAUGUUGGUCCAUUACCGGUUGGUUAUUAUAGAAUAUGUACAAUGGUUUCUUCAUCUGGCCAUCAACCUACUCUUAUGCCUGUUGCUCAACGCGGAAGUCAAGAUGAUUGUGUCAGGAUCAGCAUGAUAGCAUCUUAA